AUUUAGUCUAUUUUAUACUUUGAUCAUCAUCUUCCAUAGCCAGGAAAAUGGCAGUGCGGAGAGCAUUAUUAGUGUUUUUUGCAGCCACCGCAAUUGUUUUCCAGUUAGCCAUGGCAGUGGAUCACACGGUCGGAGCUCCGAACGGAGGCUGGGACACAAGCACUGAUCUCGCAGCUUGGGCCAGAUCCCAGAGUUUUACCGUAGGCGAUAAUCUGGUCUUCCGGUACACCUCGAACCACGAUGUGGUCGAGGUGACGCAGGCGAACUACGACUCGUGCUCGAUUAGUAACUCGGUCGAGACUCACACCGGUGGCAACACGGUCAUAGCUUUGUCUUCACCGGGGAGGCGUUACUUCAUAUGUGGAACACCCGGACAUUGUAGCCAAGGAAUGAAGGUUGAAAUCGAUACCUUGGCAUCUGCGGGAACACCCCCGGGAUCGGCUCCCGGCACUCCGUCGUCCCCCGAAGUUCCUUCGGCUGAAUCGCCCGGAAGCACUCCGCCGCCACCGCCUCCGGCAUCUUCUAACGGUGUCGGUUUGAAGGCAUGCCUCGCAGGGGGAAUUGGCCUCAUGUUGAUGAUGCCUUUGGCCAUCUAGGGCCUAUAAGCCUUGUGGGAAUCUUCAAAUAAUCAGAUCUUUGUGAUUCAUUUUCGC